UAAAAGUAAAAUAAACAUAAAUUAUUUGAGUAUCUUUAGAUCGUUACAAAUACAAAUAAAUAUAUCUGGAAUCUGCUUAGGUAAAACGAGCAGCCUGAAGGCGGGGCAUCCAGGUGGCAGUGCCCGAAGAGCAUAGGUUCAAGCUUGACGAGGAGGCUCUUACGGAGCUACUGCUGCGGGAUGAUGUACGAGAUCGCGCAGUAGUAGUCAUUUCCGUCGCAGGCGCAUUCCGCAAGGGCAAAUCGUUUCUUCUAGACUUCUUCCUCAGAUAUUUGAAUCACAGGUAUAACCUCGGUGAAACAGACGGGGAAUGGAUGGGUUCAGAGGAGGAGCCUCUGGAGGGUUUUAGUUGGCGCGGCGGCUCCGAGCGAGACACCACCGGCCUGCUGAUGUGGUCGCAGCCCUUCCACGCCACGCUACCCAGCGGUGAAAAGGUGGUGAUCCUGCUGAUGGACACACAAGGUACGUUCGACAGCGAGUCGACGGUGCGCGACAACGCGACAGUAUUUGCGCUCUCCACCAUGAUAUCAUCUGUGCAGAUCUACAACCUCUCGCAGAACAUCGAGGAGGACGACCUGCAACAUCUUCAGCUGUUCACCGAGUACGGGCGUUUAGCGCAGCAGAGUAUCAUGGGCAAGCCCUUCCAGCGGCUGCAGCUGCUCGUGCGGGACUGGAGCUUCCCCUACGAGCACCCGUACGGAGCUGAGGGCGGCCACCAGCUACUGGUCAAGCGACUUGAGGUGCAAGAGUCGCAGCACGUGGAGCUGCAGACGCUGCGGCGGCACGUGGCCGCGUGCUUCCAGGAGCUCGCAUGCUUCCUGCUGCCGCAUCCGGGACUCACCGUCGCCACGGACCCACACUUUAACGGGAAACUCACCGAUAUAAGUCCAGAAUUCAAGACUUACCUGAAGCAGCUGGUGAACAUGUUACUGACCCCUGAAAAUCUAGUACCGAAGCUGAUCGGCGGCCAGAAAGUGAAAGCCAAAGACUUGCUGCUCUAUUUUAAGGCAUAUAUGAACGUGUUCAACGGCUCCGAUCUGCCAGAGCCCAAGAGUAUACUAGAGGCGACGGCGGAGGCCAACAAUCUGUCGGCGGUGGCGGAGGCGCGCGAGGUGUACGCCGCGCUGAUGGAGGAGGUGUGCGGCGGCACGCGACCCUACCUGCCGCCGCCACACAUGCGCCGCGAGCACGAGCGCGCCCGCGACAAGGCGCUGCACGCCUUCCACGCGCGCAAGAAGAUGGGCGGCGAGCAGCUCGAGCAUGAGUACACGCAGCGACUCAUUCAGGAAUUAGAAGAGCAAUACGAGCAGCUGGCCGCCCACAACGAGGGCAAGAACAUAUUCAAGAUGGCUGGCACCCCGAUAGUUCUGACGAUUCUGGCUCUGCUGGGCUAUCUGGUGUCCAGCGUGGGCAGCAGCGUCGGGCUGCAAACGGCCGUGGCGCUGGGCCAGGUGCUCGCCAUCACCGCGGCCGCCAUGCUGGCCGUGUGGGCCUACAGCAGGUACACGCCCCCCGCCCCUCUCAUACCGCUUCCGACGAAAUCCUUCCCCCAUACAUAUUAACAUCACCAUGGUAAUGUAAUAUAUGAUGAAAUCCGAUACAAAUUUUACAAAAUUUUAAUUUCGCCAAAUUGGUCGCGUGUUAACGUGAAUGAAGAUAACAGUAUAUGAAUAGAUAUAAAGUGAGAUCAGCAGUUU